AUGGACCACGCUGACGUUCACCCCGAUUCCAAGGACUACAACUUCUUUGUUAAGGAGUACAAUGCUGAUGUUACAGCAUCCCGGCUGAUCGAGGCAUGGCGGAACCAAGCCCCGGUGUAUCCACCUCCAGCGUUCAUUGCGGACGCACAACUGGCCGACUAUCUUGUUAUCGAGCAGGAUGGCCCAACCGAAGCGGGAGCAUCCCGCGCAGUAUCCCCCGUCGACUCGUUCGCGAGUGAGGGCGAUCUACAGUCUGAAAGGGAGCCAAGAGACUAUGGUGGCUUUGCGGAUGUCUGGCGGAGAGGGUACAAGGAUCAGGAUGUGGCGUUAAAGGUGGUUCGAGUACGCCAGGAUAAUCGUGCAAGGCUUCGGAAGGAAGUAUCUUACUCAUCCAAAUAUUGCGCCAUUCCUCAGGAUCGAAGAUACAAACGCAAGACUAUGCAUGGUGUCCGUAUGGAUGCACAAUGGGAACUUGCCCCGUUAUCUGAAAAGCGGUGUACUAAGAUGGAACCUAACCGGUUAAGAGAAAUUGUCGAGGGAUUGCGCUAUUUGCAUGCGGCUCGUAUGGUGCAUGGCGACCUUAAAGGCGCUAAUGUUCUGAUCAAUGAUGAGGGAUCGGCAUGUCUCAUCGACUUUGGGCUGACAGCAAGUGUGCACAAUGUUGAUACUAUCGGCGCGAUUACUACUACGUCCAAUAGUACGGGUUCAACACGAUGGAUGGCGCCUGAGCUGCUCGACCCCGAGCAGUAUGGUCUUGACGAAGCUCGCCUUUCCUACAGAAGGGACGUAUAUGCUUUGGCGAUGGUCAUGUACGAGACACGCCCUGCUUUGAACGACGUUGUCGAAACGCUCAGCUCAUUCGAAAACAAACGUUCUAUCAUCCUGCAUCUAUCAGAUCGCGACGCAGGUUCGCCUUCGCUGUCGACGCAAGCUCAAAACGGAAGCGAAGUGGAUGAACUCGAAGAGACUUCGACGGACGUUUCGUCUCCCGCAAUGCUUCAUCGUGGAACCAAGCGCCCUGCGCCGGCAGACUUUGUCGACAUGAAACCUAGCCCGUUGCGAUCACAUGCUAGCACUGGGUAUAACUCCUACGACUCCCUGUACUAUCAACCCCGUCUCGAGCAGAAUUCGGGAACGUUUGUUGGGCUGAGUAGUGAUGAAGGUGAUAAGAAUGGUGGCCUACCCGCUCGCGAUGGAUUGAAUCUUGCCCGUACGAACUCCCAGGCCGGUUCAUCGACGACACGUCAGUUUGAAUUCCAAGCAGAAAGCGCGUCUUUUACUAUAGCGCUUUCAGGGGAAUUGUCACCAGAAGCGGUGCUCGAGAAAGAAAUUGAAAGGAUGCGCGAAUUGAUUGCUGAGCGGGAGCGGAAUCGUCUAAGAAAAGUUGUCUGA